GGGGUGCUGGCAAACAAAAGGUGACAGGCACAGAGAAGCAAAGGUGUUUCUGGCUCCUCAGAUUAUCAUUUUGUUCAUAAUGGUGAAGAACAGAAAGACACCUUUCGGCCACCAUGAUCAUUGUGUUACGUGUUACAAUGCCCACUGUCAAGUCCCAGUGCAGAUCUCAGUCUCAUGCAUGCUCAUCAAGUGUCAUAAAAACUGCGGCGCCACCUUUCAUAUGUGCAAACAAGAGGAGCACCAGCUUCUGUGUCCAAAUGAGACUGUCCCCUGUCUCAAUGUCAUCUAUGGCUGUCCUCUCACGAUGCUGCGCCACAAGCUGGCCAAACACCUGGAGGUCUGUCCUGCCAGCGUGGUCUGCUGCUCUCAGGAGUGGAACCGUUGGCCUGUUUCAGAAACAGAUCUCACCUUCUACAAAAAUAUUUCAGACAGCACUCAAACUGAGCUAAACCUCGAUGUUGCCAUGGCACUCCGGGACCAAGAGCUACUUUUUCAAUCCAUCAAAAUGAAGAACAUUUUUCCCGAGUUGAUGGAGGAGGAUGUUUCUGCCGGGGUCAAGAGUCACACACAUGAAGCAACCGGUUCUGUAGAUUGUGGUGAAUUUACAGAAAAUGGCUGCACAAGGAUGGAAACAGAGCUGAGCCAGGAGGAGAGGGAUGCUCUGGCAAUGAGCCAGGACGUGGAUGGUAUUCAGAGGUACAGCUCCUGGGAGAAAAUAUUCAACAAGGAGAUGGAGGGAUGCAAGCAAACUGUCAAAAUCCUGAAUAAGAACGAGGAAAAGGGAAAGACAAGAGUAGAGCGAGAGUCAUCAAACCUUCGAGGGGAGACACCCAGGAGCCAAGACAGCGCUGCUGCCGAUCCAAGCGCGAAUGGUGCAACUGGCCUGGCGCCAUGGCAAGACGGGGUCCUCGAGAGGUUAGGCAGGGAAGUCAACAUUGCUGAGUAUAACAUGUAUCUGACACACAAUGGGGCAAUGUUGAUUGACUUUGGGCAACUUGCUGCUUGCACACCAAGAGAGAAGGAUUUUGUUUAUGGAAAUUUGGAGCCAAUCGAGGUGAAAACUGUCCGCACAUUUAACGUUCCUACGAGUUAUCGAGCAAAACGUAGAUAUCUGAAAGACCAGGCGCUAAAGGUCAAGACCUACCACCAGAGUGUUGACACUGCAGAUCUGGGAAUAUCAGUAGAGAAUCUUCCAAAGUGCGAUGAAGUAAGCGCCACACUCCUGCACUCUCUGGAAAAGGAGCUAAAAGGACAUUUAAUCUCAGAGAGCGUGGGAAGAGACGGUCUAUACGUAGACGAAGGGACACAGACAUACAACUUUGCAUCUGCUCCUUUCAAAACAGAUGCAUCGCUUGCGGAUGUCAUUGCAGACAAACAUCAUGGUCUUUAUGUACAAGUCGAAGCCGAAUCCGUCACCAGAAGACACAACAAAACAAGCUCGGCCUUCAGCUACAUGUGUGGCCACUUCUUCCGCCGCGACGAAUACCGCUCUCAUUUCAGGAACGUGCACUCUGACAUCCAGGCCUCUCUGAGUGGUUGGUUCCAACAACGCUGCCCCUUAGCAUACCUUGGCUGUGCUUUCACCCAGACGAGGUUUCACCCAGCAGGUCACCGAGCUACAAUCAAGUUCUGUCAAGAUGUCAGCGCCUUUGUCCUCCAGCCAGACAUCCCUCCGUUCCUCUGUGAAGGCGGGAAAACCUUCAGCCCUCAGAGAAACGGUGCACAUAAUGUGGAUCCCCUGAGCAGCCUGCCCCUGGAGAUCCUUCAGCACAUUGCUGCUUACCUUGACAGUUUUACAUUAUCUCAGCUGUCCCGAGUCUCCCAUCUGAUGAGGGAGGUGUGUGCCACAUUGCUGCAGGAGAGAGGGAUGGUGUCCCUCAAGUGGGAGAAAAAGACAUAUUCCCAUGGGGGAAGUUCCUGGAAAUGUCGAAAGAAAGUUUGGGAGUUCAGCUCUCUCUUUUCAUCUGUGGACAGAUGGAGCUUCAGCAACAAUCCUUCCAUGUCAGAUCACUUGAAAACCUGCUCCUUCUACCAGAGAGAGGAGCACACUGACCCUGUGGCUUUAGCCUGCCUGGGAGAGGUCGGAGACAGACACGGAGAAGUAAAGCAUAAAAGAUAAUGCUCAUGGUCCCAGAGCUCAGUGGGCGGACCGCAAUACAAGUGAUGCCGUGUUUAGAAUCACUCAGGCAUGACAUGUAUCCUCUGCAUAUACAGCUAGAAACAAAAGGUAAUUCAGAACUGCUUGUAUGCUGAAGGCUGCAGACGUACAAUGAACAUGUAUUGAAUUCAAGUACAAUUUGUGUAGAUUGAUUUUUGAUUUACUGAGCUGCCAUUUCUUGUUACAUCGCCAAACAGCAUUUUACCUGUAGGUUAGAGAAAAAAAGAAAGAAAAAACAUAAAGAUUAAUGUAUUUAUGCAGUGUUUUUAACAGUUGAAUAGUGAAUAAGUUAAAUAACCCCACUGAGGACAUUAACCCUUUAACCUGAGCAAAUGGCUUGAUUUCUUUCAAAAAGAUGGGAAAAAGACAAAGAGCAGUUUACGAAGGACUGCCCCCCAAAUUAAUUUGAAAAAAAAAGUACAAGAAAAUUACCUGAAAAACUGCUUAAAAAUAACAAUA